GCGGCAGCAACAGCAAAAUGGCCACAGUCGCGACAAACGCCGCUGCUGCCUCCACCACCACCAACGCUGCAAUGAAAACAGUCACGCGCCACCAACUUUAUGGCUCAAAUCGUUGUCUACGGCAAUCAAGUGUUCAUUAUCAUAUCGAUCAUAGCACACAGCAGCAGCCGCCGCCACAUGUGGCUGGUCUCGGUGGCACAAUAAAGCGUCAGCAAUGUGCACUUUCACAUUCGCGUUCCAUCACGGCGCUACACAAUAUGGAUCUCUAUGGCAGCUAUGCAACACUGCCGCCGGCAGGCGCGGCCGGACCCUUGGAUACGCCACAGCGCUCGUAUUGUGCGCGCCAUUUGCCGCCUGCUGGUGCUGGAGGUGGCGGUUUGGGUGUAGGUGUUAGUGGCAGUCACACUUGGCAUCCCCCCAGCCAGCAGUAUGCAGCUGCAACGCCUUGCUGUCACCUCUACAAUGCAAAUCAAGCGGCUGCAGCAGCAGCAGCAGCGGCGGUGGCAGCGGCGCCCGCUUGCAUGUAUGGUGGUGGCGUUAGCGUUGGCGCUGGCCACACCUGCCAACAGCAGCAACAGGCGCAACCGCAUCAGCAGUACCCACGCGCCGCGCUGCUACAUGACAGUCAUAAGCCUUUGGUGUCCAAUGGCUGUUAUUUUGGCUAUGAACAUGGCACACAUUUGAUCGAUGAGGAGGACACGGCGUUUCCAGGCUUCCAUGACCGCGAGUUUCACAUGCUGCAUCGGAAUAUACCGGCGCUGCGGCGUACUGGCGUUGAUACGGCGGGGAUUAGGCAGUACUUCUAUCCGGAUGGCGGUUGGGGUUGGAUCAUUUGUGGCAUAGCAUUUUUGGUCCACAUCUUAACAACGGGUCUGCAACUGUCAAGCGGACUGCUGCUUUUCUACGCCAUAGAACAUCUACGAGACUCAAACGGCAUUGAAUGGGUUGGUGCUUUGAAUUGGUCAAUUUCUAUGUUACUAUCUCCAUUUGUGAUUACAUUUUGUCGAAAGAAAUCGACGCGACUGAUGGCCGUAGUAGGUGGACUGGUGCUACCUCUAGGUGUACUAUUCACCUCUUUUGCAACGGAGUUGGGACAAAUAUUUUUUAGUUAUGGUAUUGUUUUUGGUAUUGCAGUGGCAAUGGUUCGUGAAUCGUCCACAAUAAUGUUAGGAAACUAUUUUAAGCGCCGUAGGCAAUUUGUCGAAAUGAUCGCCAUGUCGGGCGAGGGAGUGGGCAUAUCGAUAUUCUCUGUGAUAUUACGGGAAGGUGUUGGAAACGCUGGCUGGCGUGUCGGUCUCCAAAUUGUGGCUGGCCUUGUAGCGGUUAGUUUCUUUAUGGGUUUAUUAUAUAGACCCGCAUCACUAUAUCACCCACAACGGCGCGCCAUACAACAUUUAAAAAAUCAACGAAAGAAGAUGCGCGAAAAUAAAGCGAAAUCUUUGGUAACAAACGAACAAAGGACGGUGCGUUAUUUAUUCCUCGACAUAUCACCCUUCAAAUCAACCAAUGUGAAAAUCCUACUGGUAUCAGCUGCUGUAGCGGGAUUGGGUAUCUAUACACCCAUGAUCUCAAUGACAUUGACCGUCGCCAAGGAAGGUCCCGAUAUAGAAGACUUGGUGUUGCUGCAAACUUUUUUAGGUGUCUCCACCACAAUGGGCGUAUUUAUAGCCGGCACAAUACUGCGCAAAACUUUUAGAAUAGGUACUUUUAUGAUAACCUCACAAAUUGUGUCUCAGGUAUUUAUUGCGUUAAUAGCAAUUUCCAUAUUGAGCCUGUCCUUCGUCGUAAGUUUUCGCUGGUUCUGCAUACUCGGUUGGAUGUAUGGCAUUGGGUUCGGUGGAUUUCGUUACGCUUUCAAGAUACUAGCGCUAGAUCGCAUCAAAGUGAAGCAGUUUUCGAAGGCAUGGAGCCUCCUCAAAGGUGCCGAGUCCAUACCAGUGCUCAUUAGCAUACCACUCACCAGCUUCCUCAAUGACUACUCACUGCAUUAUGGACGUGCUGGAUAUUUUAUAUGCUCCGCAGCUGUUGCCAUAGGCGGUAUUAUAAUAUUCUUCAUGACCUACUCAACGUUUGAGCAAAGUUCCGGCGCCCACCAAGGCAACAACAACAACAACAACAAGAAACAUGGGAAUGGUGCUAUACCCACACUGCGCCCCUUCCCGCAAUAUUGCAAGCUACAUGGCUUUCAUGAGCCAGUGGUGGACUUUAAUGUUUACAAUGGCUGUGAAUAUCCAGCGCCUGAUUUGUUAAUGAGUCGGAGUUGUGUCAGCUUGAAUCAAGUGGAUUUUGAGAAUCUCUGUCGCAACAAUGCGUAUUGCGGUGGUGGUGGCGCUGCUGAUCGUUGGCGUGUCCCAAGUCUACAUAAGCUGCAACAUUGUGCAGUACAUGGCGGGCCGGCGGCAAUGGCGGCGGCAGCAGCGCGUGGUCGUGGUCACUUGAUGGAUAUAAGUCGACCACAUAGCCCACACUGUGACAUGGAGCAGCAGCGUUAUGCGAGUUUGGGGCGUUGCAUGGGCAAGCGACUGCAGAAGAGUUUGUCAUUUAUACAGAAUUCCUAUUGCUGUAACGGGCAGUGGUAUUGCAAUUGUCACGAUAGCUGUCUGUGGGCGCAAGCGUCACCGAGAUCCCAAAUGCAUCAACCACUGCUAUGCACUUGCAAUCAAGGCUCCACCAACUAUUUGCAAAACUCACGCAGUCGCAGCGUGCCGGAAGGUCUCUCCACCAUCGGUAAUCAAUUGUGCAGAUGCAAGACAGUUACGGGGACGGCAGCAGCGUCAGCAGUGGGCUCAUCGAAUACCCUUUCACGUGAAGUUAUCUACUUGCCGCGCCAUGAUCUGGGCUAUGACUUCGGUACAAAAUGUCGGAAUCAUCAAAGAGGUGUAGCAGCGACGACCGUCAUACAACAUGGUGCUGCUACUACGCCUCGCUACCGGCAUCGACGCUCACAAUCACUCUCCAAGCCACUGCAAUAUGUCGAACAGAUAACGACAUCGGUGUAGUUUGGCAGCCGUUAGAUAAGAAAUUUAGAGAUAAACUACGAAAAAAAAACUAGGCGACUAUGGGCAACAAAGCUACAGUGGUUGAAAAUUGAGAAAUUUCGUGAGAGAACGUGGCAUUUGAUUAUUUGCAAGCAAAAGCUUAUAGACAUUUAGUGUUUCGCGCAAGGAGAAGUUGAUAAUUUUUGCAUUUUAUUUUUUAAGGCAAACAUUUUU